AUGAUCAAAUAAAAGGAUCAUUAGUUCAAGUUUGUCCUGACAGGUAAUCUUGGGGUUGGAAAGAGUUCUUUAAUAUAGAGAUUCGCUGGUGACUAAUUUAGUGAAUCCUAAUCUCUUAGUGUGGAUUUCAGAUAGAGAACUCUGCAUCUGGAGGACAACAAUGUAAAGUUACAGAUUUGGGAUACUGCAGGAUAGGAGAGAUUCAGAACAAUUACAAGUGCAUAUUACAAGGGGGCAGAAGCCAUAAUAAUGGUUUAUGAUGUUACCUAAGCAGAUACUUUUGAGGAAAUAGACAAGUAUUGGUUGCCUGAAACUAAAAAAUACGGAGAGAAGAACGUUUAAUUGUUGGUGAUUGGAAAUAAAAAUGAUUUGGAAGAAUAGAAAUAAGUUGAGACUGCUAAAGCAUAAGAGUAUUGCCAGUCACAUAAUUUACAGUUUGCUGAAUGUAGUGCUAAGACAGCUGAUCACGUAAAUAACGUAUUAAUUUAACUUUCUAAAAAUGGGAUAGAAAAGAAAAAGCAGAAAGAUGCAGGGAACUGA